CUCUCUAUUCCCCACACAAACACCAACUUGAGGUAUAAGUAUGGUUAGUGACUAUUCACUUUAAAUCCUCAUGAAAACUUCAUUUGCCACCCACUAGCCACCCCAUUUUCCCGUUUCUCCCAUAUUCCUCAAGCACUCUCAUUUAGGGAAUGAGUGCUUAGAAGCCACCUCAAGUUUCAAAUUUUUUUCCUGCGCAGUUCUCAAUUCAAAUGGCACGUAGCUCAUGUAAUCAGAAACUGAGGAAAGGUUUAUGGUCGCCUGAAGAAGACGAGAAACUGUUCAAUUAUAUAAGUAGACAUGGGUUGGGAUGCUGGAGUUCGGUUCCGAAGCUAGCUGGUUUGCAGAGAUGUGGAAAGAGUUGCAGAUUGAGGUGGAUCAACUAUUUAAGGCCUGACCUCAAGAGAGGCAUGUUUUCACAGCAAGAGGAGGAUCUCAUCAUCACACUUCAUGCAGCACUAGGAAACAGGUGGGCACAAAUUGCCACGCAAUUGCCCGGACGAACUGAUAAUGAGAUAAAGAACUUCUGGAACUCGUAUGUGAGGAAGAAGUUGACGAAACAAGGUAUUGACCCCGUUACCCACAAGCCACUUAGAGAAUUAAACAGCAUGUCUGAGAAUUGCGUAGAGAUUGAGGCAGCACAAGCGCUGCAGGAGUUCAAGGGAAGUCGAGAUAUAUCGAGCCUAAGAGCGAAAGAGCCAGCAUUUCCUAUAGAUGGUAUGCAUGGUGGACCAAUGGAAUCACCAGCUGGAGAGGUCUUCCUGAACAGGGCACUGUUUGAUCCUUCAUCCUCCUUAGAAUUCCAUAAUGCUAUCAACCCUGUUCUCCAUGGUGCCAAAUCGAGACUGGUCGAUCCAGGAUAUUUUGAGAUGAACGCUGCUCCAUUCUCAUCAGUGUCGAGCUCAAUGGAAAUUGAUCAUGAGAACAAGAAUACAUCUGGCAACCUGGUCUCUAGAAUGAGCUGCUUAUUCUUUCACGAAGCGAAGAAAUAUUGCAGCAACAGCUCAAACAACAUCAGCAACAACACCGAGUUUCAGCUGAACUCUGCAGCGGAAAACAAAGAUUUACCCUGGGCCGAUGAUGAGGAGCUGGACCCUCUGCAUCAGUUUCAGGUGAACGUGACAGGGUCUGAAGACCUCAAGUCAAUUUCAUGGCAAGAGGAACACCUUCUUGCUCAUGCCGCAGUAGAUUUCCAUGGCAAUCACCCCUCAAUGUCACUGUCAGAUGAUCAAAUUCUACAGGCACAUUUCAACAUCUUCUGAGAGCAGGCAUGAACAAGUUAAUUCAUUGUCUGUUAUAGGGUACUCUUCCUAUAUUGUAAGACACAAGAUAAUGUGUUAUUUUUCCAGGCAUUGUGAGAUGAUAGGUUUUGCCCCUAGAUCGCGAUGGAGUGGCAAUAGUAGUUUUUUGUUCCCUUCCUCUCUAGCCUUUUCAUGAUUGUAACUUUCAGGGUCUUCUUCGCCAUUCUGCUUUUUACGUGAGUCAUCUCACGGUUAGAGUGAUAUUGUCAUGGUGGUUGCUUUCGAA